CUCUGGAGUUCUAUAUAAGGAGCCCAGCGCUGUGAAUUCUCACUCUCUGCCUGGGAUAUAGAUUGCUAUCCACUAUGGAUAUCACAGUCCAUCACCCCUGGAUGCGUCGCCCAGUCAUGGCUGCCCCAUUCUUCCCCAGUCGCAUACUGGGACAGAGGUUUGGAGAAGGGGUCCUGGAGUCUGAACUAUUCCCUACGAUGCCCUUGGGCCUUAGCCCCUAUUACUGCCGCUCUCCCAGCCUCACGCAGCCAAGUGAAGCCGGACUGUCUGAGGUCAGAGCAGCAGGCUGUCUGUGUGUCUGUCUUAUCCGUUGUUUAAAUAGCGCCAACAAGCUUUGUAGCGAUGUACAGCGAGGACAGGGCACGCCGUGUGAUAGGAGAAUGGGACACAGAUUGGGGAAUUAAAACAUCUUUAUCAUAAAGUUGUGAUAAGAGUAGAUUUUGAAGCCAUAAUAUGUUAUCUUGUGUUAUUAGCAUUUUUGUAUUCAGUAAAAUUAGCUAUCCCCUGGGGUUUAUUUAUUGAAGUCGGAAUUUAUAGCCAAAUAGCUGAUUUUGAGGAUUUUGGAAUGGUAGCAUAGCUGGCUCAGAGAAUGUUUUUUGGUUUGGGCUAUUUUGACCUUAAAUUUGAAAUUCACUUUAAAUUCUGACUUCAGCGAAUAACCCUGUAUAUGUGUUAUUUGUUUUGGAAGGUUUCGCAGGAUUUCGUUCCCCUUCUGUUUCAAUACGUCACAGCUUCUCUAACACGUGGGGAACAAAAAAAAAAGGGGGGAAACGAGAACAUUUCGCUAUGACAGAGAUGAAAGGUCAAUGAAAAUGGUAAUUUGCAUGAGAUGCCCUGUCCAUGCCUUUGUAGAAGGUGGUUCUGAUGCCAGAGUUAGGUUUUAUGGUUAGAACGAUAACACUGAAAUAAACCAAUCUCGCGGUCUCCCUGAUAUUACACAAUAACCCCAUUCAGUGUUAGAUAAAGGACUCAUCAGGUGCAUUUACCUGGUUUUCAUUUGCAUUUGGACACAGGGUAUUUGAUUUAACAAAUUAAUUUGGUAUUGGGGUAAAUAAAGGAAUUUGGGGUAUCCAGUUCCAGGGAUGUCAACAUUAGACCGAGAAAAAUAAAUUAAACAAAAUCACAUCUAGGGGAUUUCCCACCAGCUUAUUAUUAAAAUGUUGUGUUCCAUGCCCGCUGAUACACUGACUGACUGAUUGCUACCACCCUCCCCCUGCCAGCAGUGCGUUCUCUCUCUCUGCCAGCAGUGACCAGUCAGUGAGUUCUCUCACUCUCUCUGCCAGCAGUGCCCAGUCAGUAAGUUCUCCCUCCCCUUGCCAGCAGUGCCCAGUCAGUAAGUUCUCCCUCCCCCUGCCAGCAGUGCCCAGUCAGUGAGUUCUCUCUCUCUCUCUGCCAGCAGUGACCAGUCAGUGAGUUCUCUCUCUCUGCCAGCUGUACCCAGGCAGUGAGUUCUCUCUCUCUCUGCCAGCAGUGCCCAGGCAGUGAGUUCUCUCUCUCUGCCAGCAGUGCCCAGUCAGUAAGUUCUCCCUCCCCCUGCCAGCAGUGCCCAGUCAGUAAGUUCUCUCCCUCCCCCUGCCAGCAGUGCCCAGUCAGUGAGUUCUCUCUCUCUCUGCCAGCAGUGACCAGUCAGUGAGUUCUCUCUCUCUGCCAGCUGUACCCAGGCAGUGAGUUCUCUCUCUCUCUGCCAGCAGUGCCCGUGAGUUCUCUCUCUCUGCCAGCAGUGCCCAGGCAGUGAGUUCUCUCUUUCUGCCAGCAGUGACCAGUCAGUGAGUUCUCUCUCUCUCUCUCUGCCAGCAGUGCCCAGUCAGUAAGUUUUCCCUCCCCCUGCCAGCAGUGCCCAGUCAGUGAGUUCUCUCUCUCUGACAGCUGUGCCCAGUCAGUGAGUUCUCUCUCUCUCUGCCAGCUGUGCCCAGUCAGUGAGUUAUUUCUCUCUGUCAGCUGUACCCAGUCAGUGAGUUCUCUCUCUCUGCCAGCAGUGCCCAGUCAGUGAGUUAUUUCUCUCUGUCAGCUGUACCCAGUCAGUGAGUUCUCUCUCUCUCUGCCAGCAGUUCCCAGUCAGUGAGUUCUCUCUCUCUGCCAGCUGUGCCCAGUCAGUGAGUGCUCUCUCUCUGCCAGCUGUGCCCAGUCAAUGAUAUUUCUCUCUUCCAACAAUGCCCAGUCUCUGCCAGCAGUGCCCAGUCAGUGAUUUCGCUCUCUCUCUGCCAGCUGUGCCCAGUCAAUGAUAUUUCUCUCUUCCAACAAUGCCCAGUCUCUGCCAGCAGUGCCCAGUCAGUGAUUUCGCUCUCUCUCUGCCAGCUGUGCCCAGUCAGUUCUCUCUGCCUGCUGUGCCCAGUCAGUAAUUUCUCUCUCUCUGCCAGUAGUGCCCAGUAAGUGAGCUCUCUUUCUCUCUGUCUCCCUCCCUAUCUCUACUCAGGUAAAGCUGGAUAAGGAUCAGUUCUCUGUUCUGUUGGAUGUAAAACAUUUUGCUCCCGAGGAGCUCAAUGUGAAGGUGAUGGGAGACUACGUGGAGGUCCACGCGAAGCACGAGGAGCGCCAGGUAAUAAUGUAAAGUGCACAUAGCAGCCAUGUGACGUAACGUGCACAUAGCAUCCAUGUGAUGUAAUGAGCAUAUAGCGCUGUUAGGGGAGAGUCUGCCCUAGUCUGCUUAGUAAUGAUCUCAUUUUUUCGGUCCGGUACAGGAUGAACAUGGCUUCAUCUCUCGGGAAUUUCACCGGCGGUACAAGAUCCCCUCAACCGUGAACCCAGCAGCAUUAACCUCGGCUCUCUCUGCAGACGGACUCCUGUCCAUCCUCGCUCCGGUUACUGACAGCAGCAAACCUGAAGAGAGGAGCGUGCCCAUCACCAGAAAAGAGAAAUGAGAGAGUUUAGACCAAGUGUCAGUUCCCACUAAAAACUAGUAUUCUGCAAUUCCUGAAACUCCUUUAAAAACCCAUCUACCGCAUCAGCAACCGUCUGUCUACAGCUCUCACUGACCCCCUACAUCACCAAGAACCAUCUAUCUACAGCUUCCACUGACCUCCUACAUCACCAAGAACCAUCUAUCUACAUCUCCCACUGACCUCCUACAUCACCAAGAACCAUCUAUCUCCCACUGACCUCCUACAUCACCAAGAACCAUCUAACGCUCCCACUGACCCCCUACAUCACCGAGAACCAUCUAUCUCCCACUGACCUCCUACAUCACCAAGAACCAUCUAUCUAACGCUCCCACUGACCCCCUACAUCACCGAGAACCAUCUAUCUCCCACUGACCUCCUACAUGGUUUGGUCUAUUUUGACCUUAAAUUUGAAAUUCACUUUAAAUUCUGACUUCAGCGAAUAACCCUGUAUAUGUGUUAUUUCUUUUGGAAGGUUUCGCAGGAUUUCGUUCCCCUUCUGUUUCAAUACGUCACAGCUUCUCUAACACGUGGGGAACAAAACAAAAGGGGGGAAAACAAGAACAUUUCGCUAUGACAGAGAUGAAAGGUCAAUGAAAAUGGUAAUUUGCACUGACCCCCUACAUCACCGAGAACCAUCUAUCUACAGCUCCCACUGACCUCCUACAUCACCGAGAACCAUCUAUCUACAGCUCCCACUGACCCCCUACAUCACCGAGAACCAUCUAUCUACAGCUCCCACUGACCCCCUACAUCACCGAGAACCAUCUACCUACAGCUCCCACUGACCUCCUACAUCACCGAGAACCAUCUAACUACAGCUCCCACUGACCCCCUACAUCACCGAGAACCAUCUAUCUACAGCUCCCACUGACCUCCUACAUCACCGAGAACCAUCUAUCUACAGCUUCCACUGACCUCCUACAUCACCGAGAACCAUCUAUCUACAGCUCCCACUGACCCCCUACAUCACCGAGAACCAUCUAUCUACAGCUCCCACUGACCUCCUACAUCACCGAGAACCAUCUAUCUACAGCUUCCACUGACCUCCUACAUCACAGAGAACCAUCUAUCUACAGCUCCCACUGACCCCCUACAUCACCGAGAACCAUCUAUCUACAGCUCCCACUGACCCCCUACAUCACCGAGAACCAUCUAUCUACAGCUCCCACUGACCCCCUACAUCACCGAGAACCAUCUAUCUACAGCUCCCACUGACCUCCUACAUCACCGAGAACCAUCUAUCUACAGCUCCCACUGACCUCCUACAUCACCGAGAACCAUCUAUCUACAGCUCCCACUGACCCCCUACAUCACCGAGAACCAUCUAUCUACAGCUCCCACUGACCCCCUACAUCACCAAGAACCAUCUAUCUACAGCUCCCACUGACCCCCUACAUCACCAAGAACCAUCUAUCUACAGCUCCCACUGACCCCCUACAUCACCAAGAACCA